AUGCCGGUGGUGGUACCCCCGGCUGAGCGUGGCCAGGACACGCGCAUGGGCGCCCCAGAAUGGCGCGAGGCGGCCCGGGCCACCACGCAGAAAGCGCACCAGCUGACCGACCGCUGCGGGCAGGAGGCGGUGACCAUGUGGCAACCCAAGGACAGCGUGCUGGACCCGCACGUGGCGCACUACCUCUGCCGCGCCGCCUACAUCCAGCCGUGGCGCUUCCGCGUGGAGAUGAUCAAAGGCGGCGGCACGGUGGAGCAGCCACCGCCGGGCGAGGGCGUCACGCUCUGGAAAAGCAAAAUGAAGCCGCCCACCUGGCACGCCCGCCUGCCGCUGCCUCUGCACCGCGACGCGCGCGCCCUGCAGACGGCCGGGUUCGUGCACGCGCACGCGCGCGGGGCGCGCCUCACCGCCGCCCGCCUCGGCCGCGCGCAGCACCAGAUCAAUGGGCAGCUCCGGCUGCUGCUGCGCCAGCGCGAGGCCACGGACUGCAGGCUCAGCGAAGUACGCAAGAGCCUGCUUAUCAACCAGCAAAGCGUCAAGCUGCGGGGCUACCGGCCUGAGUCCGAGAAGGUCCCUGACAAAGUUGACAGUAUGCUCACAUGGGAGAAAGAGGAGCUAAAGACCAUGAAGAGGAAGAUGGAGCAAGAUAUGGAAAAAUCAGAAGCCCUGCUCAAGGCCCUGGCCAGCUGCCAGGACAACCUAGUCGUCUGCUACAAGGAGAGGCUCCAGGCUGUGGAUCUCAUGAACCAGCCGCUCGACAAGGUUCUGGAGCAGGCCGGCCGCCACUCCUGGGUGGAUCUCUCCCGCGCGCCCACCCCGCGCGCUCAGGGCCACAAAACGCCGCCUACGGACCCCGUGGGCACCUAUGCCCCAGAGUGUGCCUCAGCUCUGUACGAAGCCAAGCGGUUGUUGGGCGAGUCCAAGGACGCUUUGAUAGAAAUGACCAAAAACGAGGCGGACAUCCGGAAGAAACAAGAGCUUGUAAGCGACCGCGUGUGCGCCUCGCUGGCGCAGAAGAUGAGAGAGACCACCGAGCUGAAGGAACGAAUGAACAUGACAUUGGGGCUAAUGCGAGGGACUAUCCACCGGUGCACGAAAUUCAACCAAGAGAUGUACAUCACCCGCGGCCUCAUCAAGGGCCCCGUGUCGAAAACGCACCUGGAGACUCGAGAGAAGCUGGACAGACCCCUGGUUCGAGUGUACCAGAGACACGUGGGCACCCAACUCCCCGAGGCCACGCGCCUCGCCCAGGGCGCCGACAAGCUGCAGCGCCACAUCUCCCGCAUGGAGAAGAACCUGAACGAGCUGCUCGCCUCGCGCGAUCACCUUACCUGGAGCCUCAACUGCAAGAAGAUCGGGCACGACGUGGACUUCAACGUGGUGCGCCUGCGCCUCCGCCAGCGGCACCCGCACGUGUGCUACGAGCAGGCGCAGCGCCUGGUCAACAGCUGGGACCCGCGCACGCCGCCGUGCAGCGAGUCCGGAACCGCCCCCAAGUGACGGGCGCGCGUCCCCACCCCACCCGGCAGGUCCGGCGCGCGCACUGGGGCCGUGGGAGGAGAGAACCACCGCCCGCCUGGCUAGCUCUCUGUCCCCUGACCCACCCUCCCUGCC